CCAUCCCACCUUCAGCUCCACUCACUGCUGCCCCUCGUGCUCACGGCCCAAAUCCUCAUCUCAGCCCUGUCUGCGCUCCGACUGGACAGAGAGAGAGAGAGAAGAACGAGAGAGAGAGAGAGAGAGAGAGAGAGAGAAGAACGAGAGAGAGAGAGAGAGAGACCCUUUACCAACCACACUCAGGCGAGCUCGCGCUGCUGUGGAAUGCGACCUCCACAUCCAUCCACCUCCUGCGCUCAGGAAGCGCGCGGAAAGUGACAGGGCGCCGGCUGUAACGCACGCGCGCGUUUUUUUUUUCGUUGUUGUUGCUGCUCUGCUUUGCGCUGAGUUGUAUUCCCAUUAAUCUGGUUUUAAUCCGGAUUCUUGAGUCGCGUUUUUGACUGAAACCUGCCGAGCUGAGGAUUGAAGGAUGACGGCCACCAAGGAGCAGCAGAAUCAGAGAGCGACCCCGCAGCAGGACGAGGAUCUGGGUGGGGUGAGUCCUCCUCAGAGGAACUGGAAGGGGAUUGCCAUCGCUCUGCUGGUCAUUCUGCUGGUCUGUUCACUCAUCACAAUGUCAGUGAUCCUCCUCACACCAGCGGACACUCAGGCUGGCAGUGACACCAAGCUGAAGGUGGAGGAUCUGUUUGGUCCUGAUUUCCACGUACACGAUCCUGAGGCGCGCUGGAUCAACGAAUCUGAAGUCAUCUACAGGAACCGCAACGGCCAUGUCAUUAGGUUCAACAUUCUCACUAACGAAACAGAGAUUGUCCUGAAGAACAGCACAUUUGUUGCUUUUAAAGCCACAAAGUACUCGAUAAGCCCGGAUAUGAAGUAUGUACUUUUCGCCUAUGAUGUUAAACAGGUUUAUAGACACUCCUUCACAGCUUCCUACAUCAUCUACAACAUCCACACCAGGGAGGUGUGGGAGCUGGACCCUCCAGAGGUGCUUAACUCCAGGUUGCAGCAUGCAGCGUGGGGGGUGCAGGGACAGCAGCUGGUUUAUAUCUUCGAGAAUAACAUAUACUACCAGUCGGACGUGAGGAGUAAUUCUCUCAGAUUGACUUCGUCAGGGAAGGAAGGUGUCGUGUACAACGGCAUCGCUGACUGGCUUUAUGAAGAGGAAAUUCUGCAUACGCAUGUGGCUCACUGGUGGUCUCCUGAUGGCGAGCGAUUGGCGUUCCUGGUUUUAAACGACAGUCUGGUGCCCAACAUGGUUUUGCCCACGUUUACAGGAGCCACGUACCCCAAAGGCAAACAAUAUCCUUAUCCUAAGGCAGGUCAGCCUAACCCAAGGGUCAAACUGUUCGUGGUGAAUCUUUAUGGACCAACUCACACUCUGGAACUCACGCCUCCAGACGGGCUGAAGCUCAGGGAGCAUUAUGUGGUGAUGGUGAAGUGGAUAAGUAAGACUAAGACUGCCGUCAGGUGGCUAAAUCGAGCUCAGAACAUCUCCAUCCUGACUGUGUGUGACUCCACCACAGGAGCUUGCAUUAAGAGACAUGAGGAGACAUCAGAGCUCUGGCUCUCCAAGCAGAACCAAGAGCCCUUCUUCUCACAGGACGGCAGCCGCUUCUUCCUGGCUGUUCCCGUAAAGCAGGGGGGCCGAGGAGAUUUCCACCACAUCGCUAUGUUCACCACCCAGAUUAGAGCGGAUCAAAACGAGGUGCGACACUUGACGUCGGGUAACUGGGAAGUGACAGAGAUUGUAGCCUACGAUGAAAACACCCAGACCAUAUAUUUCCUAAGCACUGAAGGUUCACCAAGAAGACGGCAGCUCUUCAGUGUGUCCACGGUUGGUCUGUUUCCACGGCGAUGUCUGACCUGCGAUCUGAAUAAAGUUCACUGCACUUUCUUCAGUGCCGACUUCAGUCCGACACACCAGCAUGUCAUACUGGACUGUAAAGGACCUGGAGCUCCAGCAGUGAUCCUCCACACACUCAACACAGCCAAUUAUUUUAUCCUGGAGAAUAACCCACUCCUCAAAGCUGCUCUGGUGUACAAGAGGAUCGAGAAACCUGAAUAUAAAACUCUUCAGACUGACCGCUUUGAUCUGCCACUGAAGCUUUCUCUUCCGCCGGACUUCGCUGAAUCACGGCAUUAUGGACUGCUGUUGAUGAUAGACAGUGGUCCCGGUGAGCAGCAGGUGGAUGACCGACACUCAGUGGACUGGGACUCUGUACUGGUCAGCUCGGAUAAUGUCAUUGUGGCUCGCCUGGACGGAAGGGGGAGUGGCUUCCAGGGACAGAAGAUUUUACAGGAAGUGCACAAACGUCUGGGAAUGGUGGAGGUUCAGGAUCAACUCGCUGCUUUAGAAUACCUGCUUAAAUAUCCAUUCAUAGAUCGGAACAGGAUAGGCGUCUUUGGCCGGGGCUAUGGAGGAUACGUAGCACUCCUGCUGGUCAAAUCCACGGAAAGUUUAUUUAAGUGUGCUGUGGCCAUGUCACCAGUGACUGACUGGACUUUACACGCCUCUGCAUUCUCAGAGCGCUACCUAGGAUUUCCUUUACAGGAUGAUAACAAAUACCAGGCCUCCAGCGUGCUACAAAAUGUUCAGGGCUUUAAGGACCAGACGCUGAUGCUGGUACAUGGAACUGCAGAUGCAAACAUUCACUUCCAGCAUUCAGCUGAGCUCAUCAAGAACCUGGUAAAAGUGGGAGCCAACUACACAAUGCAGAUUUACCCAGACGAAGGUCACUUCCUGUCCGAGCGGAGUAAACAGCAUCUCUCAGCCUCUCUCAGCAGCUACUUCAGAUCCUGCUUGCAAGAGGAAACCCUGCCUCUCAGUGACGAAGAAGAGGAAGAGGAGGAGUAGAGCAGAAUGUGUAUCUACAGCAGGACCUUUACACACACACAAACACAAACACACUCACUUACACAGACAACCUGCACACACACACACAUACACGGGUACACACACCUGCUCUCUUUUGAAUCUCACUUUAUUGAGGCUGGCGACUCUGAACUGGAAGAGAGCACGAUUUUAGACAAGAGGGAGAGUGUGAGUGUGUGAGUACUGUGUGUGUAAUGUGUGCAGUAUGUGCAAAUGUGUGUGUGUGCGUGUGUGUUAAUGAGUGUGUUUGAAUGAAUGGUUAGGUAUGUAUAUAUGCAUGUGGGUAAAUGUUUUGGUGUUUAGACAAUAUGGAUGUAUAGGUGUGUGACUGGGAAUCGUGAGCGUGAGUGUGAGUGAGUGUGUGUGUGUGUGUGUGUGUGUGUGUGUGUGUGUAUGACUGCGACCAUUAACAAUGGACGCUUUUCACUGGAAAAAUGGGUUUGUUUGCCGGGACAAUGGUGGAAUCGUUCACAUAUCAGAAAAAUCACUGGACGUGCUUAAGCUGGACGUUUCGGGAUCGGACCAAUCGCAGUGCAGACUUUUCUGAUUGAUCCUUAGUUCGGCCAAUCACAGCGCAGACUGUCCCGUUCGCAUGGAGCUGCUCCAGUCACACAGCUGCAUGUUUUUUUUGUUUUUUGUUUUCCUGGAACCCUCCACACUCCCCCCUCCGCCCCUCGUCUGUGUGAGUGUGUGUGUGUUACACUUCAGGACCGGAGAGCCGUGCUUCGUCUGUUCCUGCACAAGAAAACGCUCACUGUCUCCAUGGCAACUACUCUCUCCAGGAGGAAGUGCACUUCCCAUCAAUUAGCCCCAAACCACACUGAGGAUGAAGCUGCUGGGUGGAUUCUCUCACACACACCUGUACACACAGAUACACACAAAUACACACACACACACACUCACACAAACACAGACGCACUCACACAUAUAGACAGACAUAUCCGUGUUCAGCUGAGACAUGCUGUUGUUGGAUGCUCUGAGGGUCAGAGGCUCUGUCCACUCACAAGACUGUUCACUCUUCUCUGUAAACAUUUCACAUUUUUGUGUUUCAGCCAGGUCCCAGAAACUCCAGGCAAGUCAUAGCAUCUCAGAUCUCUCUCAUAUUUUGGCGCUGUCAGACGAAAACCUUCUAUCUCCUUUUUUGCCUUUUUAACUUCUUGACAUAUUAUUAAUCUGACUGUAGUUCUUUACAUUGUGUCAAACAUUCCUAAUGAAUGGACGAAUAGAAAAGCUUUAAAUUGAAAAUACUCUUAAUUAUAAUACUCCACAUUUUCAGAGCACCAGUAAAAUGCUUCAAAUGAUGAACUGCCCAAUUGAAUUGCUCCACAUGUUGACUGGACUGAUAUAAAAGCUCAAAUUACAGAAUGAACCAGUAGAUAUGCUUCAAAAAUAAUUGACUGAAUUGACUUAUUAAGAAGCUCUGUUUGUUGACUGGACCAAUAGAAAUGUCCCAAGUAAUGACCUGACCAAUUAAAAUAUUCCACAUUUUGACUGGACUAAUAAAAAUGCUUCAAAUGAUGAACUGCCCAAUUGAACUGCUCCACAUGUUGACUGGACUGAUAUAAAAGCUCCAAAUAAAGAAUGUGUCAAUAAUUAAUUGACUUAUCAAGAUGCUCUAUUUGCUAAAUUGACCAAUAGAAAUGUCCAAAGUAAUGAACUGACCAAUUGAACUGCUCCACAUGCUGACUAUACUAAUAAAAUGCUCCAAAUCAUGAAUAAAACAAUAGAUAUGCUCCAGAGUUUCCUGAGGUAAAAUAGUUUUACACUGAGUCUGACUGACUGAAUUAAGGUGCUUCAAAUUGUUCUUAGAGUGAUACUAUAGAACCACUUUUGGUUCCACACAGAACCAAAAAAAUGUUAAAAGGAUGUUCUUCACGCCCACACUCCUCUCUUUUACGAACAUGGUUCUUAAUGGAACUAAAAUCAGUAGUGUUUCUUCUAUGGCAUCUCACAUAGAAUAAAUUAAAGAUCUUUUGUUUUUGAGAGUGAACUUGAUAAAUUUAAUAUUUUGAGAGUAUUACAUGCUAUUAAUCUUGUUGUAAGAUAUUUCCAGUUAAUACAUGAAUGAUCUUUUGACUGGCGAGGUCAUUUCACCUAAUAAAAUAGAUUAAUAGCAUUAAGCUUGGGAAUUAUCUUGUUAUGAUCAAUUAUGAGCAGAUAUUUUGCUUAAAUUUAAGCAUAAUGGAUCAGUCAGUGAUAUUUUGCAGUGUACAGACAAGAGAUUACAUUUAGUCAUUUAGUCUACAGAAGCUUUAGACUGACAGUGGUCAUUACACUACACUGGUGUGUACUGUCUGGUUAGUUUUCAGUAGUUUACCUGUCGUUUACUCAGUAGUUUGAGUCAUUUAGAUCUCUCUUUCGGAAGGAACGACACAGAAGUGUACACAGCAUGCACACAAGCAUUUUCACAGUGUUUUUAUUUGUAACCAUUACUGACAUGACACCAAGGAUUUCAGUGACAGAUCUGAACCAGGGGACAUCACGGUGAUGGUGGGGAAAGUUUGCGAAAUGCAACACAACCUUUAUUAAACAUGGAGUAAACUGGAGUAAACUGGAAUCAAACGUUCUGUACCAUCUUUUAUCAUCUCAGUAAGGUUGUAAAGUCGUACCCUCGCAGCGUGGACAGGAAGGGGAGGCGUGCAUGUGUGUAUGUAUAUAGUAGACUGCAGAGAUGGCAGCGUGAUUUGUACAGAAGACUGUAUCCAGUACAUACAUAUGGUAUAUUUUUGAGAUGUAUCAGAUCUCACAGUAGAUUAGCCAGCAGGAUGGAUCCAGUCAGCAGUCCAUACAGUACAGUAUCUGUUUGUGUUGAUUUGUUUGUUUAUCUCUGGGGGAGGGCUUUUGUAAUUAUUGAUUAUCGUUUAGUUUUAUUUUCUGUUCAUCGUUGGGGACGGGAGGGUGGUGGUGAGAGGGGGAGGGCGGCUGAAGGUUUGGACUGACCCUUUUUUGUCCUCUAGUCAUGACUAUAAAUAAACAACUCGUCAAACUGA